AGAAACGGAAGGACAGAGAGACAAAGACAGAGACAGACUCAGAGACAGAUACACAGAAAGAGAGAGAGAGGAAGACAGAGAUGGGGUAGGCGCGGCUCCUGCAUCCCUGGCAGCAGCCGCUGGGUGUGAGGUCAGGCCUGGGGAGGGGGGUGUUGCCGUCUUUGCCACCGCACGGUGCUGAGCGUGAUUCCAGGUCCAAAGGCACGCUGGCUCUCCCAGGACGCCCCGGGUCAGCUCCUCCACGAGGCGCUCAGCACCCAGGAAACCAGCAAGCCGUUCUGAGUGAGGGGCGGUCGGGCUCUGCUGGUCCCUGCUGCCCUUUGCAGAAGCUCUCUUCCCCGGCCCCCCACUGGCUGUGUCCCUCUGCCCUCGGGCCCUUGGACCCCCUGCCACGCUGACCUUCUUGCCAUGCUUGGGAGCCUGGCCUCCAGGGGGCCUGCAGUCCUCCCCAGUCCAGGGGCUGCUCUUGGGCUCCAGCCCCUCUCCCGAAGGGCACCCCCGGGGCUGGCUUGUCUGAGGCAGGCCGCACUCCGUACCUCGUCUGCUGUCCUUUUCUCCACACUGAAACGUGGCUUACUCCUCCACCACCCCUCCCGGGGCCCCCCGCCACCCGGCAUGUCAGCCCCAGGCCUCUGUCUUCUCCCUGCUGUGUCACCGGGCCGUGGCCGCGGCCCCUGAGCUGUCCCAGGGGCUGUGUGCACAGAACAGGGUCUGCUGACUUCACUCCCAGGAAGUCACCCCACUCUGUGUCCCUCAAGUCCCCGCCAAUGCCCUUUGCCCUGGCUCUCAUUUCUCUGCCUUUCUUCCCUGUCUUUGGCUUAAACAGCAGAACGCAGAGCUGAAGCAUGCAUGCAGAAAGCAGGAUUUACCCAAGGAACGGCCACCUGACCCACAGCUGAGGCUGGGGCUCGUUUAAGCGGCCGGACCGGCCAGCGCCAGGCGGACUUUGCCCUGUUUUCAGACUUCAUCCGCCAGCGGCGGUCAGAGUGGCCAGCAUGGCGCCCUGUGUCCGGCUGCUCUUCAUCCUCCUCCUCUUCCUUGAGCCCCACAGGGCAGCGUCCUCAGUAUUUGUUCCGGCCUCAGAUGCAAAUGAAGUCCUGGUAAGAUGGAAGCGUGCGGGUUCCUAUCUUUUGGAAGAGCUCUUUGAGGGAAAUUUGGAAAAAGAAUGUUAUGAAGAAAUCUGUGUCUAUGAAGAAGCAAGGGAAGUGUUUGAAAAUGACGCAGACACUGUACGUAUGUACCCACCCCCCCACCCGCCCAUGCUCCGCGCCCAGCCCGACCAGCCCCGCCCUGACUCCUCUCCCACAACGGCCCCGCCCCCGAGGGGGCCGGACUGCUGCGGCGCCUCGGGCUUGGGCGCAAACGCGCACGAGGCGCUUCUGCGCGUCCCCGGCCGCUCUCCGCGCCGACACCCGUCCGAGGCUGGGGCGGUGUCCGUGGGCGCGGGAAGAAACGGUUUCCUGUCAGCAGUUACCAGGCAGAAGCGCACGCAAUCCUCUCGACGCCUCUGGCCGCGCAGAGGCAGUUCCCCGGGGAAGAAUGCGUUCCCACCCCUCCAGCGGCCGCCUCGAGCGGCGCACGCGGCAUCCCGCAGGCAGUCCCAAUUUAACUCGAGCCCGGGCGAGGUUCUGAGCCGCCGCCCGCCGCCCGCGGGCUCGCCAGCCGCGCAGGGCCGCCGGACGCACUCGCGGAGAACGGCCUCCUGGCGGGAAGAGCGCAACGGGGGAGGCCUGGGCGGGGAGAUCGCGGGACUGCCGAGGACUCUUCCCGGGUCAGCGUUCCUGGCGUUGCCUCUUCCCUUUGCAGCUAAGAACGAGUGCCACGCGUCCAGGACGGACGGGUGUCAGCAUUUCUGCCGCCCGGGGAAGGAGUCCUACGCGUGCAGCUGUGCGCAGGGCUACAGGCUGGGCCCCGACCGCAAGGCCUGCGUCCCCCACGAGAGGUGCGCGUGUGGAGCGCCCAGCCCCGAGGGCAUCACCGCCCCGCUGGGGGGCCGGCGGCCUCUUCAGGCGUUCCCGUGGCAGGGCAUGCACCCCAAGGCCCUGGCGGGGCCUGACCCUGUGGGUAGCGACCCCCUCGCCCCCCGAGGCUGUUGUUUCUCCUGCCCGUACACACCCAGGGUGAGGUGCCAUGAACCAGGCACAGGCUCCCGCAGAGCAAGCGCGGACCCCCUGGCCAUCGGGGUGAAGGGUGUCCACGUGCACAUGAGGUACGAAGAGGAGACGGGCGACAAUGACAUCUCGCUGCUGGAGCUGGGGCGGCCCAUCCAGUGCCCAGACGCCGGGCUCCCCAUCUGUGUGCCUGAGAAGGACUUUGCAGAGCACGUGCUCAUCCCAGGGACAGGCGGCCUCCUCAGUGGCUGGACACUCCACGGCCCCGAGCUGGGCGACGUGACCACACAGCUGCCGGUAACACUCAUGGACAGCGAGGAGUGUGGCCGAGCCCUCAAUGCGACGGUCACAACAAGGAUGUACUGCGACAGGGGUGUGGCGGGGGGCAGCCUGCAGUGGGCAGGGGGCAGCACAGUCGCCAGAGAGCACGCGGGCACCUGGUUCCUGACAGGCAUCCUGGGCGCGGUGCCCAGGGAGGAGCACGCAGGGGCCUUCCUUCUCACCAAGGUUGCAAGAUACUCCCUCUGGUUUAGACAAGUCAUGAGUAAUCGAGCCCAGCCGGCAGAAUAAACACAUGGAGGAAUUCCAAGUUAGCUGCCACCACAGGCAGGAACUGAGAUUUCACAGCCAACACGGGACAGCGUCAGAGCACCGCACGGGCCCUGGCAACACCAUGCUGCCAGGGACCACCGCGGCACCCCCGCAGUGCCCGCGCGGCUCUCCUUGGGAUCUCUUACCUGAGCUGAUGCCUCAAGAGAAGGGAGAGACAGUCAGUAAUAAACAUGCAUUGUUGUCACAAGACAGCCCCAUUCCUAAAA